AUGCUUAACAGUAUCAAGAAAAAGAGCGCAAUGACAUGUUCAGAGUUUCACCUCUUUGAUCUGAAUGAUAAAGUGAUCAUUCCAAUAGAUGCCGACGGGAAAAAAUUACCAUUGGCAUGUUGGAUGCAUUUUAAGGCCGAAAAAACGAAACCAAAGAUACCGUUACUUGCUAUACAUUUCUAUUCUACACCCCAUCCAGAUCCACAGACUAAAUUAAUUCUUGAUGAAUUCUGUAACAAGUACAAACUGGAUAUAAAGUAUGUCCAUCAUAAAGAAGUUACUAACAGGGAUGAACUUUAUAAUAUGUACAUUGAACAAGCUAUGAUCCAAGGAUAUAAUAAAAUUGCAAUUCCAGAUACAAUUGAAGCCAUCAAUGCUGCAAUGCUUGCGAAAAUGUGUGAUGAAGGUGUUUUAGAUGCUCCGGAUCCAAAACAGGAAUUCCAGAUCAAUGAUAAUACGAGUAUAUAUCUAAUAAGGCCUUUCUGCUACUGUUCAAAUAAAAAUAUUGAAGAAUACGCACAGAAGAACAGUUUCAAAGUACAUCCUGGUGGAAUCAACCCACCAAAUGAAAAUUCUUUAGAUGCUAGCACAGACGCUCUUAAUAUCCUGUAUAAAUUUUCUCCAAAUGUAUCAGUGAACUUCUUUCACUCACAGUUCCAUGUUGAAGAGAAAUAUCUUGGCGGAGGAGAUGGUGCUAUUCAUGAAAUGAUGAGUUUUGAUGAAAAUACAUGA